GAGAAAAGCGGCGGAGAAUUGUGGACUCCAUCCCUCUCUCUCUCUCUCUCACCAAUUGGUAGAUAGAGAGAGAGAGAGAGAGAGUGAGUCUUGAUCCUAACCCUAUUUCAGUCCUCUCUUCGUCUUCUUCUUCCUCUUGAUGCUGCUGUAUCUCCAUUGGUUCAAACAGAACUAGGGGUGUUCUAUCUCCUCGGUUCUCCCUUCGGUUUCUCUUCUCUUCUUUCUUUCUGCAACUGUGUGCGUGCGUGUGCGUUUGUUUGGGAGAGGGAGAGAGAAUGGUGGUGGCUUUGUCCGUGGAUCCGCACAUGCGGCCUCGCCUCUGCGGGAGCUUCUCGUCUACGGUUGACGCGCUUGCUCUUUCGGGCGGAAAUUCUAAGAGCAUGAGUGGCAGGUUCUGCGACGGUGCUGGUUGUUCCGUGGAUCUGGGGUUGUACAGGGUGCGAUUGGGUCGGAGGGAGCCGAAACUCAGUAGCGCCUUCACUAAUUCAUGGUGUGAAUGGAGGCUGGCUUCCAGGGUUUUGUCAGGCCUCAUACAGUUGCGCGAGAGAAAACAGAGGGGGCGCCGAGAUCUUCUGGUCGUAGAUGAACUUGGGGGCCAAUAUGAAGAAAAUUUUGAUGAUGUUAAGAAGCAAUUGCUCAACUACUUUACAUACAAAGCAGUGAGGACUGUCCUUAACCAGCUUUAUGAAAUGAAUCCAACACAGUACAGGUGGUUUUAUGAUUUUGUUGUCACAAAUAAGCCAGGGGAUGGAAGACUCUUCAUACGCAGCCUUGGCAAGGAAAAGCAAGAUCUAGCAGAGCGGGUAAUGGUAACUCGUCUUCAUCUUUACAGCAAAUGGGUCAAGAAGUAUGAUCAUGCAGAAAUGUACCAAGAAAUCUCUGAUCAGAACUUGGAACUAAUGCGAGAGCGCCUUAUGGAAACUGUGAAGUGGCCAUCUGAUGAUACAAACACUGGGAAGAUCUGAGGAUGAUCACAAUUUUAGCAUUCCUGGGAAUGAUCAAUUUAGAUUGCUAUUAGUCUUACAUCCAGAGUAUAUUCUUAUCUGCAUAUAUUCUUCAACCUACUUUCUAGGCCUAUCUGUAUAUACAAGCCCUCUAGUACACUGAUGCAUUAAAGUCAUUUAUUUCCUCUCUAUAAGCUGUUGUGGAUGCAUGAUCUUCCGUGGAUCUUUUACCAUUCGACCGGCUACAUUUGCUUUUAUUUGUUCUC